UACACUGCCCUGUUUAUGCUAAUGUUUAAACAGUCAUCACAGUGAAAAAAAGACCUGCUCUGCCUCCUAUAUGCAUGGACUCAACAGUAACAUUUUGCAGAAGAGACCCACUGGCUGCAGAGACCUCAUGACACUUUGUUCUCUUCCUUCCCCCUCAUUCAAGUCUCUGUGCCUUAAGCAUUGAUAUAUACUACCUACUCAAACCAGCACGCCUCCUUAAGAAAGGGUUCCCUACAGUUACUCCAAGCAGUUUGGUUCUACCGUUAACGUAUAGCUUUUAGUAUUAUGGGGAAGACUGGAGGAGGAGGAAGUUCAUGGUUGACUGCAGUCAAAAGGGCCUUCAGAUCUCCCACCAAGAAUGAGAAAAGCAACACCAGGAGGAGAGAAGAGCUUCAAGAACAUGAGGAAGAAGAAAAGAAGAGAGGAAAGCGCAGAUGGAUUUUCAGGAAGCCUGUGAACCAGGAAACAGUCAUUCAUGUGCAGCAUAGAGAAGAGAAAACCUUAACAGGCUCUUCUAAAAAUGCUGCAGAAACUGUUCAGACUUCAGUAGCGGCUUUAACCAAGGCUGUUUGUCGUGAUCAUGAGAAUGUAAGUAAUGGAGGGGGUGAAGAGCAAAGAAAUGCUCUUGCAAUGGCCGUGGCGACAACAGCAGCUGCUCAGGCAGCGGUUGCAACUGUCCAAGCAGCGGUGGAAGCUUUUCGUCUCAGUACUAAUUCUAGUUCUAGUAACUCCAGUACUUAUAGGCCGCGGCCUUCUAUUUUCGUUAGAGAUUACGCUGCCAUUGCUAUUCAGACUGCCUUCAGAGGAUAUCUGGCGAGAAGAGCUCUUCGGGCGCUGAAGGCUCUGGUGAAGCUUCAAGCUUUGGUGAGAGGUCACAAUGUUCGAAAGCGAGCGAAGAUGACUCUACAAUGCAUGCAAGCACUCGUUCGAGUCCAAGGUCGGGUUCUUGAACAAAGGACUACGAGGCUUUCGCACCAAGGAAGCCUAGAUUCCAUGUUCAGUAGCGAUCAUCCCAAUUCUAGCUUUUGGGGGUCACAUUUCUCAGACAGGAAGUCCAUUCCAAGAGAAGAAGAGGGUAGUACCUUGGAUGAUGAAGAUGAUUUGGUCCAUUGGGAUGAUCUCCAGCCAAAAACACUAGAGCAUAUUCAAGCCAUGUUGAAGAAAGUAAAAGAAGCUGCAGCUUCAAAUCGCGAAAGGACUACUCUUGCUUAUGCCAUGUCCAACACAAACCAGGAGGAGCUAGAGGAGAAUUUUAAUAUGCUUGAUGGGUGGACAAGAAGAAAACAAUGGGAGAGUGGCAGAGUUUCAUACGAUCAAAGAGCAGAACCUAUUGUGAAAACAGUUGAAAUGGACACCUCUAGACCUUACUCUUAUAGUUCAACCCCCAAUUUGAAACGAGCAGAAUAUCAAUACCAGUGCCAUCAGUACCAACAUCAACAACAAAGAUCUCAUCAGUACUCAUAUCCGGUUGCCUCGCUACAAUCACCAACCACACCAUUUGCAUCCCUUACAAGAAUUGCACAAGUUCAGACGGCUAGCCCUCGUUGCUACAUUAGAGAAACCAGUCAUGGUAAUGGUAUGGGGGAGAGUGAAGUGCCGAACUACAUGGCUGCAACAGCUUCAGCCAAGGCUAGGAUUCGGUCACAAAGCGCGCCAAGGCACAGGCCUGCAACACAAGACAGAGAGAAACAGUGCUCAGCAAGGAAGCGUCUCUCGUUCCCGGUUCCACCUGAGCCAUACGGUACAAAUUGCACUUCAGACAUUGAGUUAAAGAGUCCGAGUCAUACGGGCAUUAACAGAGGCCAAGCAAUUCGAAGAGAGCACAAAGCAAGCAACAGAUCUUACUGUGUAACAGACAGUGAGACAUCUCCAACUUCCAGAGGUGAACUGAGAAGGUGGUUGAGGUAAUAACAGCCUAGCAAUGGCAGUGUAAGGUAGUAUUGGUGUAGUUUUCUCAACAUGAAAUGGACUUUGUGUAUGAUGAUCAUUAGAGAGCAUCAUGUAUUCAACUUUUAUGGUUAAUAAAC